AUGAGUGGUUCAAACGCCGAUACCGCCCGCCUGGAGCGCGCAUCUGCCGAGUCGAGAGCAAACAAGGCCAGGUCCAGGAAGGCGAAGAGGAAAGAUGGAGGGCGGUUGGACAAGAUUGCUCAAUGGCUAUUGGAGAAUCAGACCGGCCUGGUGUUUCAUACUGUCGCCCCCCUCUUUCUUGCGCACCUUUGCAUCCCCGCGGCCCGCCCAUUCACGUCCAAGUUCUUUGAGCUUUCAUACUACAACCCAUAUACAGGCAUAUAUAGCGCCGGCCAUAAUGAUCUGUGCUUCGUCGCGCUGUGCGUGGUGUUAUGCAUCGGUAUUCGCGCAGCCUUGAUGGUCCAUGUCCUCUCGCCCCUUGGCAGGCACUGGGGCAUCAAGAAGAAGAAGGAUGCGACGCGAUUCGCCGAACAAGGCUGGAUGUUGACCUACUAUAUUGUUUUCUGGCCUCUUGGAAUGUAUCUCUACUGCAAGUCGCCUUACUACCUCAAUAUGAAGGAGCUGUGGUCCAACUGGCCACAAAGGGAUCUUGACGGGCUGAUGAAGGCAUAUAUCCUGGCGCAACUGGCAUAUUGGAUCCAGCAGGUCAUUGCUGUCAAUAUCGAGGCCCAACGGAAGGACUAUAAGGAGAUGUUGGUCCACCACGCCAUCACCAUCUCUCUCAUCGUUGCAUCCUAUGCAUAUCAUCAGACGCGGGUCGGCCAUUUGAUCAUGGUACUGAUGGACGUGAUUGAGUUGAUUUUUCCUCUGGCGAAAUGCCUCAAGUACCUCGGCUUCACGACGCUCUGCGAUGUGGUUUUUGGCGUUUUCUUGUUUGUUUGGGUUUGGACACGGCACGUUUUCUACCUCAUGAUAUGCUGGAGUGCCUACCAUGACGUGCCAAAAGUUUCGAAAAUGGGGUGUUUUCGGGGUGCCCCUGGUGAAAUCGCCGGCCCAUUUCCCGCGCCGACAGAAGGUUGGUCGCAUCUUUUGGAGCCAUUCAAAGACCCUGCAGGAACGGUGUGCAUGACCGAUGGCGUCCGCCAGGGUUUCUUGACGUUCCUCCUGGCUCUCCAGGUCGUCAUUUGCGUGUGGUCUUUCUUCAUCAUUCGGGUCACAGUGCGUGUGCUCAAGGGCGCUCCAGCCGAAGAUGUGAGGAGCGACGUGGAGGCUGAGGAGACGGAAAGCGGGUUCUACGAGGAAGAGGUGGUGGCUAUCGAGGAGGACGUGGGCGUUGACUCCAUCGAUCUCAAAGCCUGGGAGCGUCGCAACGGUAAAAAGUCUACGAGUUCGAGGGUGACUGGCGCCAAUGUUCGCAGCCACGGGGACCGCAAGGAUCUGCUCACCAGAAUUGGGUGCGAGAAGCAGAUCGAUUGAGAAAGACACGCGGAAUGCCCACUCCUCUAUUUCCAGCUAUGAUCAUGAUACAGGCAGAAAAACAGGAAAAGAAAAAGAGAGAAAACCCAGGUUCGAUCCUCACCAUGCUUUCCAUCGAAGUUUGCAAUGAACUGAUACAGGCGACAUGAACCAUGUAUCAUAUUCGCUCGUGAUGAACCUCAAAGUUCAGGCUCGAAGAACCGAAAAGAUCAGGAUAAUGCCAGCUCCACGAAUGCCCGACAUGCGCGAACACUCUUUACCGCGUAAGGCCCUUUUUUGGUAGGAAACGUGCCAUGUUCCGUCCAGUUCGGAGGCAUAUCGUGACAUUUACCUUCCGAUU